CUCCGCCCUCGCUGGGUCGCGCUGCUGCCUGGGCGCGGCAGCGGCGCCCUGUUGAAUGGGCUGUGAGGGCCCGGGUCUGAAGUGCUGGUGGACGCGGCCUCCGGGGGCGCAAGGCAGCAGCAGCGGUGGCGACCAAACGGGUGUUGGAGUUGGCGGCGGCCAUGGAGGGCCUGGCUGGUUAUGUGUACAAGGCGGCCAGCGAGGGCAAGGUGCUCACUCUGGCUGCCUUGCUCCUUAACCGGUCAGAGAGCGAUAUCCGCUACCUGCUGGGCUAUGUCAGUCAGCAGGGAGGACAGCGCUCCACACCCCUCAUCAUCGCAGCCCGCAAUGGGCACGCCAAGGUGGUGCGCUUGCUGUUAGAACACUACCGUGUGCAGACCCAGCAGACUGGCACCGUCCGCUUCGACGGGUAUGUCAUUGAUGGUGCCACUGCUCUUUGGUGUGCUGCGGGAGCCGGACAUUUUGAAGUUGUUAAACUUCUAGUCAGCCAUGGAGCCAACGUAAACCACACCACAGUCACUAACUCAACUCCAUUGCGGGCAGCAUGCUUUGAUGGCAGACUGGACAUUGUGAAGUAUUUGGUUGAAAAUAAUGCCAAUAUCAGCAUCGCCAACAAGUAUGACAACACCUGCCUAAUGAUCGCAGCAUAUAAGGGGCACACUGAUGUGGUCAGAUACCUCUUAGAACAACGUGCUGAUCCUAAUGCUAAAGCACACUGUGGGGCCACAGCAUUGCACUUCGCAGCCGAAGCUGGUCACAUUGACAUAGUGAAAGAACUGAUAAAAUGGCGAGCUGCGAUAGUGGUGAAUGGCCAUGGGAUGACACCAUUGAAGGUAGCUGCAGAAAGCUGUAAAGCUGAUGUCGUUGAACUGUUGCUCUCUCAUGCUGAUUGUGACCGCAGAAGUCGGAUCGAAGCCUUGGAGCUCUUGGGUGCCUCCUUUGCAAAUGACCGUGAGAACUAUGACAUCAUGAAGACCUACCACUACUUAUAUUUAGCUAUGUUGGAGAGGUUUCAGGAUGGUGACAACAUUCUUGAAAAAGAGGUUCUCCCACCCAUCCAUGCUUAUGGGAACAGAACUGAGUGUAGGAACCCACAGGAAUUGGAGGCUAUUCGGCAAGACAGAGAUGCUCUUCACAUGGAGGGCCUUAUAGUGCGGGAACGGAUCUUAGGUGCUGACAACAUCGAUGUUUCCCAUCCCAUCAUUUACAGAGGGGCUGUCUAUGCUGAUAACAUGGAGUUCGAGCAGUGCAUCAAAUUGUGGCUUCACGCGCUACACCUGAGGCAGAAAGGUAAUCGGAAUACCCACAAGGAUCUGCUUCGGUUCGCUCAAGUCUUCUCACAGAUGAUACACCUCAAUGAAGCUGUGAAGGCCCCAGACAUAGAAUGUGUUUUGAGAUGCAGUGUCUUGGAAAUAGAGCAGAGCAUGAACAGAGUUAAAAAUAUCUCCGAUGCUGAUGUCCACAGUGCCAUGGAUAACUAUGAGUGUAAUCUCUAUACCUUUCUGUACCUUGUGUGCAUCUCCACCAAGACACAGUGUAGUGAAGAAGACCAGUGCAGAAUUAACAAGCAGAUCUACAACCUGAUUCACCUGGACCCCAGAACGCGGGAAGGUUUCACCUUGCUACACCUGGCUGUCAACUCCAACACACCAGUCGAUGACUUCCACACCAACGAUGUCUGCAGCUUUCCCAACGCACUGGUCACAAAGCUUCUGCUGGACUGUGGCGCUGAGGUAAAUGCCGUGGACAAUGAGGGGAACAGUGCCCUCCACAUUAUCGUCCAGUACAACAGGCCCAUCAGUGAUUUUCUGACCCUGCACUCCAUCAUCAUCAGCCUCGUGGAGGCCGGAGCUCACACCGACAUGACAAACAAGCAGAAUAAAACUCCGCUAGACAGAAGUACAACUGGGGUGUCGGAAAUCCUGCUUAAGACCCAGAUGAAGAUGAGCCUCAAGUGCCUGGCUGCCCGAGCGGUUCGGGCUAAUGACAUUAACUACCAGGACCAGAUCCCCCGGACUCUUGAAGAGUUUGUUGGAUUUCAUUAAGUGACUGGAUGUGUAAAAUCGUUUAAUGUGGUGCUAAAAAGUAAAGGACUUUAAUCACAGACAGUAGAAUUCUGUGUUUGUAAAUUCUCCUUUUCUUUUCACUAUCCUUUCAGCCCAUCGUCCUUGGUUCCGUGUGCCUCUUUUCUCAUGUGGUAUUGAGUUCAGCACACUAAACAGAGCGGCGCUGUUCAGGUGUAACUGGAAGGUGUUUGGACAUUUGUUUGUUGUUUUUUUUUUUUUUUUUAAGAGAAUGAAUGUAAGAUUUUUGUGUAAUAGGGGCAUUGUGAUUUAAAAUCGAUGUUUUAAACAGCUGCCUACAAAAGUAUUUCUGUUAAGCUGAUGUCAUCUGUGCAGCAGUUUUGAGGAUUUCAUGAAGAAAAUGAACUAAAAAGGAACACUGGGAGCAAUGGGAGAUGCUCAAGCCCUGCGUGGAUGGUUCUCACUCACGUCACUGUGUGUGUGCAGUGAUACAGCACAUUUUACAUCAGGAGGACUUGAAACACUUAGCUACUGAUUAAUAAUCUGAAAAUUAUGUUCAGUUAUUGUUGGAAAGUUGAAUUCCUGAAAAUGAUUGCAUUCUGCUGGGUAGUGUCUUUUUAACUGGUGAUCUUAGCCCAGCCUGGCGGACAUUGCUAGACUCUACCGUAGGCUUGGACUCUUCUGGUCUCUGCUGUAAUGAUGGAUCUAAAUUGCAUUUAUGUGUUUGAUUGGGCUCACAGACCUAAAUAAGGAGCACGCUGUAUUAUGAAACAUUGUCACAGUGUAGCUAGACAUUGUACCUCAUCCUUUCCAAGCCCUUUCCUUGUGUGUUGUAUCUUUAAAGAUUGGAAACUGACUUUUCAGAGGGCAUUUGUGUCUCCCUAAUUAGGUGUAUGAUGAAAAGGAAUGAGGACACACUUGUGAUGUUUUCACUUAGUCCAUUGUAAGAUGUAGGAAAACCAGGAGUAGGAUAUAGGAAAUGAAGUAUUUGAUGAGGAAAAUGAUUCUCAGUGCCACACAAAAGGUGUAUCUCAGAGCUGUAGACUUUUCUAUCACAGAAUGUGGUACUGAGGUCUUUGGUUUUUUGCUUUUUUUUUUUUUUUUUUUAAAUCAGCAACAUUUCAACUCUCGUAUUCUGUGAUUUUUCUCUUAUGCAUCACAGAAAUUCAAGUUGAAGGAACACCAGCUUCUACUGAUGCUGAGGAUGAGAAUGAAAGUGAAACUAGUUGUUCCUGUAAUUUUCUCUAGUGCCAAAUGAAUGCCUGAGCUACCCUUAGUGCAUGGUACCAUACAUGGAGACCCACAGCUUCUUGUUUUCCUUUAGUGAAAAGCGUUGUCAUGAUACAACAUCAGAUAUAAACUUUAAACAACCUGUAAGAAUUCACAAAUAUUUUACCUGUGGAUAUUCCUUUUAAAUAGGAGAAUGGUUGCAGUUGGAGCAGUGCAAAGUGACCAAGCCAAAAUCAGCACCUAGGGCCUUAGACAGAGAUACCCCACAACAUGAAAUACCAGGAGAGGACAGGAAAGGAGACUUACAGUUUGUUGCGCCAAGGGUGCAAGAAGUAGUUGCUGUAGUUGUGCUGUGUGUGUGUCCUUGCGUUAGUUUUUUUCUAACUUGAGAGUUUAGUUGGAGGGCUUUUCUGAUGGCUAAAGGGAGGUGUUUGAAUGCCCUGAUUUGGGAACUUCUGAUAUAGACCCUCUUGGUGUGACUUAAGGAGAUACUGAUUCACCUUGCUCUGGCAGCUCUCAGUGGCCUGGAAGAGAUGGCAUACUGCACAAGGUAAGCCAGCCUGCCUCUUCUCAGGGCAGGGCAGGGCAGGGCAGGGCAGGCCUUUCCUUUUUUGACACUAAGGCCUGGUGAGGACCGUGAGGAAUAGCUGGGAAACUUCGUAUUCAGUUGGUUCCAUUUUUUAAUGUAUAUGAUUUUUAAGUACCCCAACUGAAAGUAUCUAUCAGAUAAUGCUGCAUGUUUUAAAAACAUUUUUCCUCUUUCACUACCCAGGACCAACACUGUUCUAAGACAUUAUUUAUAUAUGAGGAUAGUAAUAAUAUGCAUAUUCAGAUGUAGAAUUUAAGGACAGCUUUUGAAGGAGGGAAGACAGCUGAGCAGGGUGGAGUGAACAGAACGGUGCUGGUGGUAAACUAGCUAGAUUUGUGUAGUUGUGUGGUUGCACAUUGUGCACUCUUGCUGAGGGUCUAAUUCUGUCUGUACCAUCACUCCAGAUUUGCAUUGUGGAACACCUGUAUAAAACCAUUAUAGGAAAAAGUCCUCAUGCCUGGUUUUUCCAUUAUUUGUUUUUGGUAGAAUUCUUUGAAAAUAUGAUCAGCCAAAUGUUUCAUGAACUUUUGUUUUUAAAGAAAAAUAGGUGUGAAAGGUGGUAGCAUUGUAGCUAGCUCACUAGGCUGUCUUCUGUUGCAGCCAUGUCUGUCAUUUGAUGUUUGUUAUUGGUAGAAUCAUGCUUUGAAUUGUAACUCUUUCUUGAUAGUGUUAGUGAUUUCCCCCAGAACAUGUCACUUGUGUAAAUUGUCACAUAAAUUUGCAUGAGCCAGGAGUGCAGGAGGGUGCUUUUCACUUUUCAUGCAGUUAGGAAUUGACUUCAGUGACUGACCCCAGUCUGGGACAGCAAACCUGUCCUCUUGUUGCAAGGGUAGCUGACAUUGUGGCUUUUUACAGUCCACUCUUGAUUGUUCUCACAGCCCAACCACCUGGAGGUUUGCACUGUGGGAACUUUAAACAUGCAAACCAAAACUUGGCCCAUUUGCCAAGCUUUGGUUUUGCUAGUUUCUGAGAGGGGUUUUGAUUUCAUUAAACUAAUAGUUGCUAAAUGGUGAUUAUGAGGACUUAGGCAUGAUAGUAUUGUUUGACAUAAACUGUGGUUGGGGAUUAACACCUCCCAAAAGACAACAUUGUUUUGAACAAACAUUUUUGAAAAUUCCAGUCAUAGAGAGGAGUUCUUUGUUGUAAUUGAGGCAUAGUUAAGAUGAGGUUGCUUUGGAUAAUUCAAGCAGCAGAAUGUCCAUGUUCUUGGAAUAUGGAAGCCAAAGGGCUUGUGCUAUCUGUUCUCUGCUGGUUGAGAAGCAGCCAGUGGCUGAACUUGAGUAGGUGAGUUAAAGUAUCUGUGCCUCAUGACAGUUGUAAAAAUCCGAAGUGUACUUUAUCAGCUACCCUUCUCAUUACUUACUGAACAGAAAUAGGGAAGAGUAAAACCCUCAACUCUGCCUUUGGCUCUGUGAACUGAUUUCAGUUCAGAUUCUAAGCUGUGCUCACUCCUACUUUGGAAAGUGCGCAGCUCCAUUCUAGACAUCAUCUGGCAGCCCUCUCUAUGUACUUACGCUGAGGGGCUUUCUUGAAGUUUCUGACAGACCUGCCAGAAAUGGGCCAGGCAUAUAGCAGUCCCUUUCUCAAGCCUGGGAUCUGGAACAAAUAGUGACAGUGCUGAUUCACUGACAUUACAAAUGUAAAGUAAAUGUCUUUAGUCUUAGGUUUGUGAGUGUACCUUUGUGUUAAUGUGUAGGGAGGGGACAGUGGUUUGAUGGUUAUGGGGAGUGUAUCAUUGAUGUAUCUGCAGGGGUGAAUACUGCUAAACUACAGCUUUACAGCUUUCCUUUAGGGGUGAAUCAUGGGAUGAGUAGCCUCAUCAGAAAAAUGAAGGCAUGAAGAUGCAGGCCUGCUAGCUGAGGACACAGGCAGGCUUUGCACCUAUUUCCUAUCAGGUAUUGUAAAAUGUGUGCAUGGAUUUUUUUUGUUGUUGCUCAGUAAUCGGUAGAGAAGAGAUGAGGGGACCUCUCCCCGCAAGCUUUCUUAACCAGUCUUUUCAGAGGUACAUAGCUGGGGAGUAAAAUCUGGCCUUAACCUACUGGCAGGACCCUGUCCUUUGUAACGUUCACUGCACCCUGCCGUCCUCGGUGCACAGGAGCUACAUUAGUUGUAGUCUAGUAAUUCACCGUGCUUUACUGCGAGCCAGUGAUGUCAUUCUAUUGUGCACUCUUGUCAAGCCAUUUAUGUGACUUUAAUAAGCUUAGUAACUUUGCUGACUGCACCGGGGCCUAUCAGUGACUUAUAUAUUGCAUGAUGUCUUCUACUUGAGUUUGACAUGUAGAAUCACCUUUGAUUUCAUGGCAAUUGACAGUCCAAUGGCUCAGCUAAUUUGAAACUAACAACUUUGCUGUGUAAAAGGAAAAAUGGUGUUGUGUUCAGUAAAUGUUUGAAAAAAGUA